CGGCUGAGGCGCUGACGGUGGCUGUGGCGGCUGCUGUCGCUCGCACUUCGGGGAUUUGGCGGCGGCGCCUGCGGGCCGGGCUGCACGGUGCGGACCCCGGUGCGCGGUCCGGGUUCCUGAGUCGCCGAGUAAGAUGCCUCUGAUGGAGCCAGUUCUGAGAAGCACCUCUGGGUCAGUGGCUUUGAACAGGAGCUCAAGCCAGAGACUAUUUAAAGCCUUGGUCAUCGCAUCCUGAGGACCACAGAACAGGAGAACAUGGCCGUGAGCUUAGAUGACGAUGUGCCACUCAUUCUGACCUUGGACGAGGCGGGCAGCACCCCACUGGCUCCCUCCAAUGGCCUGGGCCAAGAAGAGUUGCCUAGCAAAAAUGGGGGCAGCCACACCAUGCACGACUCCCAGGUCCCCAGUCUGCUCUCUGGGAUGGACACUUCCCCUUCCAGCCCCACGGGACACAACUGGGAGAUGAAUUACCAAGAAGCGGCGAUCUACCUCCAGGAAGGCGAGAACAACGACAAGUUCUUCACCCACCCUAAGAAUGCCAAAGCGCUGGCAGCCUACCUCUUCGUACACAACCACCUCUUCUACCUGAUGGAGCUGCUCACGGCCCUGCUCCUGCUGCUGCUGUCGCUGUGUGAGGCGCCUGCUGUUCCUGCGCUCCGGCUGGGCAUUUAUGUCCAUGCCACCCUGGAGCUGCUGGCCCUCAUGGUAGUGGUGUUUGAACUCAGCAUGAAGUUGCGGUGGCUGGGCCUCCACACCUUCGUUCGGCACAAACGCACCAUGGUCAAGACCUCUGUGCUGGUGGUACAGUUCAUCGAAGCCACCGUGGUGCUGGUGCGGCAGACAUCCCACGUGCGGGUGACCCGCGCCCUGCGCUGCAUCUUCCUGGUGGAUUGCCGGUACUGCGGCGGUGUGCGGCGCAACCUACGGCAGAUCUUCCAGUCCCUGCCACCCUUCAUGGACAUCCUUCUGCUUCUGCUCUUCUUCAUGAUCAUUUUCGCCAUCCUCGGUUUCUACUUGUUCUCUCCUAACCCUUCUGACCCCUACUUCAGCACCCUGGAGAACAGCAUCAUCAGCCUCUUCGUCCUUCUCACCACAGCCAACUUUCCAGACGUGAUGAUGCCUUCAUACUCCCGGAGCCCCUGGUCUUGCGUCUUCUUCAUCGUGUACCUCUCCAUUGAGCUGUACUUCAUCAUGAACCUGCUCCUAGCCGUGGUGUUCGACACCUUCAAUGACAUUGAGAAACGCAAGUUCAAGUCUUUGCUGCUGCAUAAGCGAACCGCCAUCCAGCACGCCUACCGCCUGCUCGUCAGCCAGCGGAGGCCUGCAGGCAUCUCCUACAGGCAGUUUGAAGGCUUGAUGCGCUUCUAUAAGCCCCGGAUGAGUGCUCGGGAGCGCUUCCUGACGUUCAAGGCCCUGAAUCAGAGCAACACACCUCUGCUCAGCCUCAAGGACUUCUAUGAUAUCUAUGAAAUUGCUGCCCUCCAGUGGAAGGCAAAGAAGAACAGAGAGCACUGGUUUGAUGAGCUGCCACGGACAACCUUCCUCAUCUUCAAAGGAAUCAAUAUCCUUGUGCAGUCCAAAGCCUUCCAGUAUUUCAUGUACUUGGUGGUGGCCAUCAACGGGGUGUGGGUUCUCGUGGAGACAUUCAUGCUGAAAGGCGGGAACUUCUUCUCCAAGCACGUGCCCUGGAGUUACCUUGUUUUUCUCACCAUCUAUGGGGUGGAGCUCUUCCUGAAGGUGGCUGGCCUGGGCCCUGUGGAGUACCUGUCCUCUGGAUGGAACCUGUUUGACUUUUCUGUCACAGCAUUUGCCUUCUUGGGACUGCUGGCCUUGGCCCUUAACAUGGAGCCCUUCUAUUUCAUCGUGGUCCUGCGUCCCCUCCAGCUGCUGAGGUUGUUUAAACUCAAGAAACGCUACCGCAACGUGCUGGACACCAUGUUUGAGCUGCUGCCCCGGAUGGCCAGCCUUGGCCUCACGCUGCUCACCUUCUACUACUCCUUCGCCAUUGUAGGCAUGGAGUUCUUCUGCAGGCGCCUCUACCCCAACUGCUGCAACACCAGCACAGUAGCUGACGCCUACCGCUGGAUCAAUCACACUGUGGGCAACAAGACUGUGGUGGAGGAGGGCUACUACUAUCUCAAUAACUUCGACAACAUCCUCAACAGCUUUGUGACCUUGUUUGAGCUCACUGUUGUCAACAACUGGUACAUCAUCAUGGAAGGCGUCACCUCCCAGACCUCCCACUGGAGCCGUUUGUACUUCAUGACCUUCUACAUUGUCACCAUGGUGGUGAUGACCAUCAUCGUGGCCUUCAUCCUAGAGGCCUUUGUCUUCCGGAUGAACUACAGCCGCAAGAACCAGGACUCAGAAGUGGACAGCGGCAUCACCCUCGAGAAGGAACUCUCCAAAGACGAGCUGCUCACCGUCCUGGAGCUCUAUCGUGACGUGCGAGGGGCCUCCUCUGAUGUCACCCGGCUGCUUGAGACCCUCUCUCAGAUGGAAAAAUACCAGCAAAACUCCCUGGUGUUUCUGGGACGGAGAUCCAGAACCAAAAGUGACCUGAGCCUGAAGAUGUACCAGGAGGAGAUCCAGGAGUGGUACGAGGAGCACGCCCGGGAGCAGGAGCGGCGGCGGCAGCUCAGCAGCAGCGUCCCUGGUCACCCUGCCUCACUGCCACCCAGCAACCGCCAGCGCUCCCAGACUGUCACCUAGCCCCCGCUCGCCAAGCCACCUCUUCUAUGCAAUAACACAAUAUCCGUCACUAGAGUAUCAAAUGGGUGUGCAGUGUGCACAUUCAUAUAUAUGCACAUAUUUACAGACAGAAAAAGACCAGCUGGGGCUUGAACCACCUUGACCGUCUUCCUGAGCUCUAGACGCCUGCUUGGCCCAGGGGACCAGGCCAAUCUGAGAUCUUCCUACUGUGGAAAGCUCUGGAAAUGUGCUUCUCAAGAGGCCCCUUGGAUAGGCUGUGCCACCUCCACAGGCUAGCCUUCCCAGUGGGAACAUGAGGUGGAUCACCUGCCUUCCUGCUGCUUUUUGCUCUUGUCCCCUUGAUUCCUAGCAUCUCCAUCAUAGAUGUUUGUGUCUGGCAUUAGGGGCAAAACCACUUAGGAAGGACAGAACCCAAAUGACCCAGCAUGGUAUUUGUAGAUGAUAAUGUUCUAGAGUAUUCCUUUGGGAGACCAGAGCCCAACUGGAAGCUUGAUGGGGGUCAGGCUGUGCUGGGCAGUAGGAGUUGGCGCUAGCCAGUCAGUGCACUGUUUGCCCACACUAGGUCUGUUUGACCCCCAUUGUGAAAACCCUGCAGCUGCUUCCUGGAGAAGGCAGGCAAGUGGGCAGCGUGAGCAGCUGGAGGCUGGUGAGGCAGAUUCCUUGAGUAUGCUCACUGAGCCCUUCCGUGACCCACCGGCUAAGCCAGGGACACUGUGGUGGGUUGAGGCUCGUCUGAAGGCAGCGGCCGCCUGCUGUGUACUGUGGGAGCUGCAGGGGGAUGGCGGAGCGAUGGCACAGGGCCAUUCGCUGCCCGUCACAGCAGCCCAGGCUGGCCAGCACUGUGACCACCACACCUUGGGCGGCUGCCCUACCAGGACUGCGUCAAAGCAGGCACUGGGUUCACCCCUAGUUCUCAGAAGCAGAGGGUGUUGGCACAGGAUGGAUGGUGUGACCCCUUAAACUGCCUUCUCCCUGCUGCCUGUGGGAGUUCUCUGGUAACGCAGCAGGGUGGAUGUGUGACCGUCAAGCCCACAGGGGCUGUCCCAGAGUGCAGUGGAGGCAACAGCAGUAGGGUAGGUCACGUUGGUCCCACUGGCCACCACUGGCUGCAGAGGCAGGGGAUAGAAGGCCACGGCAACAGCCCCAUCUCUGCCUGGCAUCCUAGCUUGUGACCACCUCUGCUGCCUCUCAGAAUGGGUGGACAGAAGAGGCAGCGGAGCUGGUCACUGGGAGCAGGCCUCACAGUAAAGAUAGGUGUGUUCACUUUACAUGAAGCACAGCCCUCUGGGACCAGGGGACUGCCAUUGUCCCCUCUAUCUCUGGAGGGCCAUCAGCCCUUUCCAGAGACGAUCUUCAUUUUCACAGCUGGGUGCCUUAGUUUUUGUAUCAGAAUGGCAUUUUGGAAGCAGGAGGAGGGCCAUCCUCUGAGGAGGUCCUGGGGCCUCUGAGCAUCCAGCCUUUUUCUAAGUUCUUCCUCUGCCCCAAGGGAACAGGGCCCGAGCGGUGGUGGGGAGACCUCUUCCUGUGCCCAAUCCCAAGGGUGGUACUGAACACCCUGGAUUGACCCAGGACCAGAUGUGAUGUAGAGGUAGUGCUAACAGGUCAGACUACAGCCAAUCACCCCAACUGAGGACUUUGGGACCCCCAUCUUGCUACGAUAGCCCCCAAAGCCCCCAUCACAGCUGAGUAGGGCAGGUUAACCCUGCCAGUGGCCCCACACCACAGUCUGGCAGAGGCAGUGAUGGUAUCAUGCUCCCCACGAGGCCAAGGCACCCUUGAGGGGACAGCAUCAGUCCCCCCUCCUCGCUCCCCCCCACCCCCGCCUUACUCCACACCACACGGACAAUCAUUUUAUUUUAUAUGGAUCAGGAGCAACGCUGUAAGGUUUUGUACAUUGGUGAUUUGUUACCUAGAAACCCACUGUGCCCAGGUUUCUGGCUUAUUAAUAAAAGAGCUUCUGCUUUGUA